AGCAAAUGCUUACAAACAAAACAAAGACGGUCAAUAUGGAAAGUCUACCUAAAAUUAGCAUGUUAGCAUUUAUCCUUGUGAGUAUGUUAGCAUGCUAUAGCACUUAGCAAGUAGUCUACAGCCUGAUAGACACAACUUGAGGUUGUUUUAAACGUCAAUUUCGGACAAAAAAAACAGGCUUGGUGUGCAAAGGCCUUUAGUCUUGUGGGAAAUAAUAGCCUGCUAGACAAAGGAGAAGGGUAAAUAAGUUACCUUUCUGACAGUCAACCUCAGUACUCUUUACUGUAUUGAAUAAAACUUUGGGAAAUUUUGGAAAUAAUAAUUGAAAAAUAGUUUUUUCAGCCUUGCCACUAUACUAAUAUUUAUUUUCAACAGAUAAAAUACAUCGGGAACUGCAGCCUAUGUGAGAGUCUUACAGCAAUAUGUGAAGAUUUAUUUUUAUAGAGCAUCACUCUUUAUCAAACAAUGGCCCUUGUAAAAUAGAGAUUAAAAAAAGCUCAAUAUCCCCCAUCUUUUAAAUUUCAUCGGAAAAAACCCACAAAUACUGACUCACCUCCCAGAUAUGACAGCACACGUAUCGCUGCCUGUCAUGAUGACACAGUAGCACAUUAAGGCAUCUUCCCUACUCUGCUUAACAGGAUGAGCUGCGUGUGUUUGAUCUUGACACCUAAGUACAGGCUGGCAGCACGCAUGAACGGCGUCUUUCCCCUCUGAGCAAACGCUCGGCUUGUUGAUUCGGGGCCCGUGUGUCUAAUGGGUUGAGAGUAACAGGUGGACCUGGCGGAGUGGCGAAAUGGGCCCACCUGAGCAGACCCGUCCUCCUUCCUCCUGUUACAGUAUAUAAGAGCACAAAGUAAGAGAGGAGAGCUAGAGACACACACACCAGGAACAAGCGGAGGAACUACCAGCACCGUUCUUUGGAAAGAGAGACGAAAAGGUGAGCCGGGUUUUGUUUGCAAUGGUGAAACCACUUUAGCUUUGGGAUCCAAUAUGCAAACUCUUUCUUUAUGUGUGUGUGUGUGUGUGUGCUGUUCUGUGGUGUAGGUCAUAACCAUGAAAAGCAUCCACUCCCUGGCUGGUAUCCUUCUGGUCCUCGGCUUUGUCCAGAGCAGCUGGCAGGUUCCUCUGCAGGAAGCUGAUGACAGCUCACGCUUCGAGGCAGACGAGACGUUAGCGGAGGAGGCGAGGGAGCUGUCGAACACCAAGAGACAUUCGGAGGGGACCUUCUCAAACGACUACAGCAAAUACCUGGAGGACAGGAAGGCGCAGGACUUCGUUCGGUGGCUGAUGAACAACAAGAGGAGCGGUGCUGAAGAAAAGCGCCACGCGGAUGGGACCUUCACCAGCGACGUGAGCUCGUACCUCAAUGACCAGGCCAUCAAAGAUUUUGUCGCCAAACUCAAGUCCGGAAAAGUCAGAAGAGAAUCUGAAACGGACAGGCGGGGCGAAGCGUUCAGCAGGAGGCAUGUAGAUGGGAGCUUCACCAGUGAUGUGAACAAAGUGCUGGACUCCAUGGCUGCCAAGGAAUAUUUACUCUGGGUCAUGACCUCCAAGCCGUCAGGGGAGAGUAAGAAAAGACAAGCGGACCAAUGAGACGCUCCUCAAGGACUCCCCUCUGUGCGCUCCGCACAAAGCCAUAAACAGGAGGAAUAGAAAGCCAUACCGCUUUGCAUGUUGUGACGUCAACACUAUAUUUAAAUUUGUAAGUCUUCUUUUUUUUAACUCACCGUUCGUGACGCAAAGAUACAAAAAAAAAAAAACGACGACUCUUCCACGGUGCACCAGAGAGAAGACAAGGAAUCAAGGGCACAUUUUUUUCUACAAAUUUAAAUUAUUUUCUAUAUUUAUAUAAGAACACAAAAAGUGAAAUCUCAGGUAGGCCUAUAGAAAAAACGUGUAGCGUAGUUCAUUGAUUAUUCAUCCGCUCUGCAAAAUAAAGUUUUUCAUUGUGCGUUUGUGGGAUUAUUUUUAGAUGGAUAUUAUAAUCACUUUUCAAUAAUUGUGGCUCCCAGAUAUUGGUUCCUACUGAAGAUUUUUUUAAACAGCUCACAGGUACUGUAUAUCAGUUCAUUUAAGUAUGUUUUCAACAUUUUUUUAUGUCUUAAGACAAUAGAAAGACACCACAGUGACCUUUGACUACAAAGUCCGAGUGGACAUUUGUGACAGAUUGGAAGAGGUUUCCCCCUGGGUGUUAUGUAAAACCUAGUCUGUUCUAGUCUUCCACAUCUCGUGGCCACACAACACAAUUCAAAACAGGCCUUCAGGAAGUGCAAACUUCACAGACUCCUCCCACUAUUUCUGGGAAAAAAGGAUAGUGGUCUCUCUCUGGGAGCAUCGAUGGCAGCAUCAUGGGUCAGAGAUACAGUCGUGACCUUCUGCCAUAAGGCUGGAUGAGCUUCAGCAACCCCUCAUCUCCAGUGGAGCCAAAGACGUGGAGCUCCUCCUGAGGUCAGAGGUCGAAACAAGGAAGCAUUGAAUAGAUUAACUCAGGGGCAAAACAGGAUGGUGCAAUGUUAUGUACAUAUAUAUAUAUAUAUAUAUAAAUAUAUAGCAGUACAGUGAGAAUAUGUCUCACUAGCUGACCUCUGACCUCCCUGUGUACAAGUAAAAGGAUCAAUAAAGUACCACAUCAUCUUAGCAGGGCUUGUUUAAGAUCUUUAUUUAUGCUCUCACUCACCCACACUCUCGUUCUCAUGAAACAAAUCAGAAAGCAUACAGCUAUCACUACCAAAUUUAAGGCAGAAUUUUGCACAGAAGUGGUCAAAACAUUUGAUAUUGAUAUAAUUCUGACCCCACUUAUUAGUUUCUCUACUCAACUAAGAACCAUCACUUAGACAACGGGAAAAAGAACAUCUACGACAAAAGCCUGCCUUCAACACUGACUUCAUGUUAGUAAUAUAUUAGUAACAUUUUACAUGAAUAAAAUAUACUAUGUAUUGUACAUUGUUAAGACUCUUUACCGUUUAUUACAUGUUGCCCUUCCCAGAAAAAAGGUAGCCUAUUAUUGCAUCUUUAGAAGUAACCAUUGGUCCUGCUGCAGCGAGACAGUCAAGUCUGUUCCCCCGUCAUGCAGGUCUUUUUAAAACAAUUAGCUUCAGAUGCUAACACAAUGAGGGUCAUUUGGAUAGGAGAUCACAUGUCCAUGGAUGACACUUACUGACGCGAUGACAGAUUGAUGCAGGUGGAAAACAUA